AUGGGGCUCUUGAGCUCGAAGCUCCUCCUCCCCCCUCUCCUCAUCUCAAUCGUCCUCUUCUUCCUCCUCUCAAACCCUAACCCUAACCCUAACCCUAACAGCCUUGUCACCCUCCUAGCCCUCGGCAACGAUGCCCCCGACCUCUUCUCCUCCGUCGCCACCCUCCGCUGCGACGAGCCCCGCACCGACCUUGCCAUCCUCUCCGCCGGCGCCUUCGUCAUAAAUUCGGUUUCGAUCAUCGCCACGCCUUUCCCUUUGGAUCUGCCUCUAUUCAUUCGGAAUGUUUGUUAUUUAGUGGCGGUGCUGGUGAUGUUCUAUGUGUAUUUGAGGGAGAUGUAUUUGUGGCAGGGGGUGGGGUUUGUUGGGUUGUAUGUGUUUUUUGUGUGGUUUUUGUUUUGGAUGGACUUGGGGAGUACGGAUGCUUGUAAGAGGAGGGAGGAGGAAGUGGAGGAGGUGGAGAUGGGGUUGGUGGAGAAGUCGGCGGCGGAGGUUGAGGGUGGAGAUGGUAGAGAAGUGGUUGGGGAUCGGUGGAGCUUGUUUUGGAUGAUGGGAAAGAUCUCAAGGCUUUGGGAAAUUCCAGUAACAAUCAUCUUGAAGCUUACCAUCCCAUCAGUAUCACCUUCCGAAUAUAGCAGAUUUUACACAUCAGCCAACAUUUGCUUGUGCCCUCUCUUGAUACUAUAUUCUCUUAGUUCUUUUGUCCCAGUUGAUACCCAAAUUGUCUUCAUCCUUCCACACUCUCAGUUUCCUCUCUGGACUGUCGUUCUCUUCAUAAGUUUUAGUCUUGGAGUAGCCCAUUUCUUUUUCGAGAAUGAACCCCAACAAAAAGACAGCGAAAAUAAAAAUACAGCUACAACCUUAGUCGCCUUUGUGAUGAGUGUCUUUUGGAUAUCAACAAUGGCAGGUGAGCUUCUCAAUUGUCUUGCAGCAGUAGGGACCAUCCUAGACCUCCCACCUGCAAUCCUCGGGCUCACUGUUUUAGCAUGGGGGAAUUCAGUCGGCGAUAUUGUUGCUGAUGUGGCACUGGCAAAGGCGGGCCAGCCUGCAAUGGCAAUGGCCGGUUGCUUUGUUGGCCCCAUGUUUAACAUGCUGAUUGGUUUGGGCUCGGCGAUGGUGAUAGAGACUGCGAAAGCUUAUCCUGGAGCUUAUGAGCUCAGGUUCCAUGUUGGCAUUGUGGUUGCCUUUGUGUUCCUCUUGUUGAGCUUGAUGGGUUCACUUCUUGUUGUUACUUGGUUCAGGUUUCGCGUCCCUAGGUUUUGGGGGUUCUGUCUUGUUGGCCUCUAUGUUUUGUUUACUGCUGUGAGCUUAGCUAUUGCCAGAUUCGCAGGUUGAGAAAGAGUGAUACUUUUAAGUCAUUUUUGUACUGGGGUUAACUGUGGAUAUACCCUCUAUACCAUUGGCUAAUUACAUACAAACACUCCUGUAGCUCUAUUGCUGCAGAUAUAACCCCUGAGUGAAUUUUUUUUGGCUCUUUUACCCUCAGGUGUCUAUUUGUCAGAAGACAAGUUUCUCUUUCACUGGGUGAAAGAGUAGACGUUUCAGUCAGAGGGCCUAUUUGCAACAAUAGUACUACAUGGGUCUGUCCGCAAUUAACCCUAUGUACUAAAGAUCAGAAGCACAAAAGCCAUUAUGUAUGCUUCUGGCAAUUUACUUAUCAUCUCGAGAGUUUGUUUUUCUUCAUUGGAUGGUUUUCUCCGGGCGAGUGAUUUUAAACGAACCUGGAGAAAGAGGAUUCUUUGAAUGCUGAAGCAUUUGAUGGGAUACUUGUAUUCAUGAGAAGUGUACACUGGACUAACCGAUAAAUAGGUUUAGGGGAAGAAGAUCAAUAUAUAUAUAUUUCAGAAUAAAUUCUGAAGUUUGUAAUUCUUUUGUUGUAUAUACCCUUUUUACAUGGUGACGAGAUUAUCGAUUCAUUUUCAGCAAUUGCGAUGUAAACGAUUAAAGGUACACAAACAGUGAUCUGGAUUUGGUUCUUUAGUUGCUGAAAGCUAUUUAAAGAUGAUGUAUUUUU